AUGCUCGUUGAUUUCUCCUGCCUCCCUGCUAGGUUCAUGCUCGCGCUGUCCCAUCGCAACAUUGAGUUGCAUCUUGUUAUUUGGCUUAGCCUCGUCGUCUAUAUUGAAGUAGCUCAUGCGUGGAGAUUAUUUAUGCACAUGUUCGUCAUGGAGACCCUGAGAGCUGUUUUACAUGACAGACUUGCAGAUAUUGUCAUGGCUCAGGAUGAAGCUGUGGCCCAGAAGACUGGAAAUACAGCAUCCCCUUCUAAGGAUUAUCCCACUCCUUCUCCAUAUCCUGAUUGGUCGACCAUGCAGGCAUAUUAUGGCCCUGGUGUCUUGCCACCAACAUAUUUUGCUCCAGCAAUAGCUCCAGGUCAUCCACCGCCAUAUAUGUGGGGUCCUCAGCCUAUAAUGCCACCCCCUUUCGGGACACCAUAUGCUGCAGUGUACCCACAUGGUGGAGCUUACCCACACCCCUUUGUGCCCAUGAUGUCAACUCCAUUGAGCGUGGAGCCAGCCAAAUCUGCAAAUAGCAAGGAGAAAAAUUCCAAUAAGAAACUUAAGGAAAUAGAUCGGACUGCAGUGUCUGCUGGCAGUGGUAACAGUAAAAGAACAAUGUCAUCCAGUGAAGAUUACAGUGCAGAGGGCUCCAGCGAUGUAAAUGAUCAGAAAGUGAACAAAACGUCCAGGAAGCGGAGCUCAGAUGAUGGACCCGGCGCAGAAACCACCACAGGUGCAAACACGGAAUGUGUUUUAGCUCCUAACCAUACUCUGGGGAAUGCUGCCAUUUUGCCGCAUCACUGCUUUCCAGCUCCAGUAAUUAAGCCCAGUCCUACAAAUGUCGCUAACUCGAGGGCGAUAGGCACAGCGAUAUCUCCAUCACCUGGUGUGAUGGUUCCAGCUCAUACUGCAGUACAAUCUGACUUAUCAAUCAAGGAUGAGAGGGAAUUAAAGCGUGAAAAGAGGAAGCAGUCAAAUAGGGAGUCUGCUAGACGAUCAAGGCUGAGAAAACAGGCUGAGACAGAGGAGUUGGCUACACAAGUGGAGUCCCUUACUGCAGAGAACACGUCCCUUAGGUCUGAAAUCGGCAGGCUAACAGAGAGCUCGAAGAAGCUUAGAUUUGAAAAUUCUGCUCUAAUGGUGAAGCUGAAGGACACUGCAACACCGACCCCUGCAGAACCAUCUCCGCGUGCCGCUGCGGAAAAUUUCCUUUCCAUGAUCGACAGCGCCAAGGCGGCGGGCGUCAGCAGGCACACGGAGCACGGCGAGCCCAAGCUCCGGCAGCUCAUGGACUCCAGUCCGGCAACAGACGUUGCUGCCGUUGCUUUUCUUAAAGAAUUUCAAGUUUUCAAUGACAAGGCCAGCGCCAUUAAUAGUAAUGGUGUUUGUUCUAAGCUUGCUAAGAUGAUCAAGAGGUCACUAUGGCCUGGCCAGAGACUUGCUGUUGGAAAAUGUGAAUAUAAAAACAUCAUUGAAGCUAGUUUUGUGAGUGGAAUUCACUGCCUGUUUAAUGAAGCUGUGCUGGAAGUAAUGUGGGGCUUGAAGUAUCUCAUCAAGGUUUUAGUGCCUGAUGAAGAAGUAGAACUGACUAAUGAGGACCACUUCCAGAUGUGUCAAGGACUGAAAUUAGUCCUGAAUCUUUAUGGCUUUGAGGUUGAAUCCAAAAUGGUUAAUUCAGACAUCGUUGAUAUGGCAUCUAUCGUGUAUGAGAGUGAUCGUUGUGUGGAUAAACGUGCUUCAUACUUGGAUCAUGGUAGGGCGAAGCUUUCAGAGGUAUCAACAAUUAAUUCUACGAAUUGGGAUGAAGUGAAACUUGCAACUGCUCUCAAGUUAAUUUGUUAUCCUGAAGAGCAAGUUGAAACCGGUGAUUCUGAAGAGAUGCUGUCAGAGAGUGAGGCAGAGCAAUUGUUGGCUGAUGCACAUCUCUAUGAAACUAAGCUCCAUAAGCCGGCUUACUUGAAGAUCUACAGCAAUUUUGUUUGGGUCCGUGGAGUUAGGCGUAAGGCACUCUCACAAUUGGAGUCCAUGGUCAAGAAGGCAAGAGAAGAAUUGAAGCUGCACCAGGUGUCGUUGGAUUCCUUCACGGUCAAGGAGGCAGAAGAAGAAUUGAAACUGCACCAGGGGUCCAUGGUCAAGGAGGCAAGAGAAGAAUUGCAGCUGUGCGAGGUGUCGUUGGAUUCCUUCAUGGACAAGGAGGCAAAGGAAGAAUUGAAGCUACACCAGGGGUGUUCGAUGCGGAUGGACUGA